AAUGACUUAUUCUCCAAAGCAGUGUCAAACAGCACAUUCCUCUGGCACAGGAUGAAGACCAGCUCAGCUCCUCAGCCCUUGAUCAUUGUCUAUUGUUCUCCAAAUAGUAAACCAGUACUCACAGGGAUUGUUCUGGGCUGCAGUUGUACUCCAAGCCCUGGCUCCUCAUGAAUCUGAAGUGAAGGGCUCUGACCCAGAAAGUGGCAGGUAAUUUUUAAAAAAAAGAAAGAAGGAAAGAAAAAGAAAAAGACAGACAGGAAAAAGGACCACCGGCGUAUGCAAUUCUCUCUUGGACUCUGCGAGCUGUAAGCAGGAUACAAUGGGGUCUCGGAAGUGCGGGGGCUGCCUGAGCUGCCUGCUAAUUCCACUUGCACUUUGGAGCAUCAUUGUGAACAUAUUACUGUAUUUCCCCAAUGGGCAGGUCUCCUACGCAGCCAGCAAUAAGCUUACCAACUACGUGUGGUAUUUUGAAGGAAUCUGUUUCUCGGGUGUCAUGAUGCUGAUGGUAGCUGUGGUUCUUCUUGUCCUGGACAAUGAGAGCCGCUAUAAGUGUUGCCAGAGUGAAAACUGCACCAAAAAAUACAUGACCAUGUUGUCGAUUAUCUUUUCUGCUCUGGGAAUUGCUUUCUCUGGAUACAGCCUGGUCAUAUCUGCUCUGGGUCUCCUCCAGGGCCCAUACUGCCGCACCCUCGAUGGCUGGGAAUAUGCCUUCGAAGACACCUCAGGACGUUUUCUGACAGAUUCCAGCAUGUGGAGCCAGUGUCUGGAGCCCACGCACGUGGUGGAGUGGAACAUGAUUUUGUUUUCCAUCCUCAUAGCCCUGAGUGGGCUUCAGGUGAUCGUCUGCCUCGUCAGAAUCUCCAUUCAGCUUUCCAAGAUCCUGUGCGGCACCUACUCCGUCAUCAUCCAGCCUGGAAUCAUCUGAAUAUGGACAAGAAUGUUUUUAUUGUCAAGAUAUAGCUGUCAACCUAAGCCUCAGGCCCACUGAGUACUUUGAGGGUGACCCUGGAUGAGGGCAUUUCCUACAUUUGGUGUUCAUCAUGCCCAUUUGUGAAAUUUACAGUCCUCACUGGAAGUGCCAAUCGGGCCACCUUUUCAUUGAGAAUUUUUUUCGAACUAAUGUGUCAGGAACUUCACAAGUAUAUGUAGUUAUACCCUUCAAUCAAAUAAGUCCAUUUCCAAGAAUCUGUACUAUGAAAACAAGUAAGAAUAUAAGAGAAAAUUCUUUGCAAAUGUGUAUUACAACAUGGUCUAAUAUUCUGGAAAAUAGGAAAUCCUCCAAAAAUCUAACUUUGGGGGAAGAAUUAAAGAGUGGUACAUUAAAUGUAAAAUUAUAUGAUAAUUAUGAAUGAUGUUUUAGAGGUUAGGAAUAAUGCUACAUAAAAAAAGGUUACAAAUUUCUGUUUACAGCAUUAGCAUAACUAUUUAAAACAAACCACCAAAUAAUCAAAGUUUAGGAUAAAAACUAAAUCUAGUAAGAAACAACAAAAUAUCAACUGUGAUUGAUUUGGGUCAUAGAUGAUCUAUCUUCCUACUUUUCUAUACUUUUUUAAAGUUGUGUUUAUUAAAUAUGUUUUACUAUAAAUGUUUUUUAAAACUCAUAUUUUUACUAUUAAAAUUUUCUAUUUUUUCAA